AUGAAUAUAUUAAGUAAUUGCUAUAUGCUAAUUGUUUGAGUCCUAUAAGUCAUUUCCCGAAGAUGCAUGCUCGGACCUUUCUUUAGCUAAAACCCAGGCGUGCAGCCAGUCAGUCUACACAUUUUAAUAUAAACAUCCACUACUUUAUGCAGGUUCUACAGAGGUGGUAAACCCGGUCGCAUGUGUGUUCUGUAAUGAGGCUGUCCCAAACCAGACUGCUCUAGAAGAACACAAACUGAGCAAGCACCAUGAAUUAGACAAGAAGUGGUACGAUUGCUCUGUCUGUGAGAAGCGUUUCACCCACCGAAGUAGCAGAGAUAUUCAUUUACGAGUUCAUACUGGUCAAAGACCUUACGAAUGUGAUUACUGCAAGAAACGCUUCCGAGUUUCAUCGCAUCUACGUGAUCACGUUAGAACGCACACAGGUAAGCGUUAGUACGUAUAACACACGGUUCGUGCACCUUCAAAUGCUGAAAAAUCCAGGACUUUUUUCUCUUGUUUUCCAGACAUUUUCCAGGGGUAUUUGAAAUAUGACAAAAUUAAUUUCGCCAAUAAGUAUUUCAUUAUACAGGAUGUAUAAAAAAACAAAGUCAAUCGCUUAAAAUACUAUUAUUCGCGAACCAAUGGAUCAAAUUUAAGAAACAACCCAGAAUAAAGUUUUCUAAUCAGUCCUAUUGAAACACAACGCAAUACAAUACUAUAUCAGUCUGUUGCACAUAAGUAUCAGGUCUGUAAAAGUUUCGUUUUCAAGGGUUUUUCUGGGGUCAGUUUGAAAAUCUCGUACUUACGUAUGGAGGUACACGCGUAAAAAUCUCACGGCAGCUUGUCAACAAGAUGCGUUCGCACUGUUUGGUUACGUAUUUUAUAUCAGUACUUGUUCCCAGUUGUUCACAAGUCUAGAACAAUUUGUUAUAUCUUGUAACAAGGUUGAUGAGACCAACAGACUCGUCUGAUAACGUCCGCACGUAAAAAUUGUUAACAAGUUGAUGUCAACAAGCUCAUACCAACUUGUUACAAACAACCUGUGUUAGAUCUUGUUGGAACAACUUGUAGCAAGUCUGUUACCGUCAUAACAACUUGUUCCAGACUUGUGACACCAACUUGGAACAAGCAAUGUGAACACAUCUUGAUAUCGGCUCUACAAUAACCUUGUUUGCAGAAUUGUAACAACUUGCGCAUCUUCACGAGUGUACCUCAAUAUUACAGUAUGGUAAUUAUUUGUAGUACUAUCUGCAGAUCUUGAAGUGAAUGUAAUUCUAAUGUGUUCUUUCCUAGGAGAACGGCCGUUCAAAUGCGGAGUUUGUGGACGAGGAUUUAAACAAUCAAGCGACAUGAAAAAACAUCGCAAGACACACUUUAAAGAAAUGCCACGGACCCCUCUAACCAACAAUGAGGCGUCGUACAUGAUCGUAAGGCCCGAAGAGAAUACGGCAUCGAUCGAUCACAAUUCGAACGAUCUCCGAUCACCGACAGAAAGACAGAACCUGAAAUUAGUUAUUAAGAGGGAACGAAAAACGACCGACAGGUCACCGAUGGACAAUACCACAACGACCGUAUCCAGUGACAAUACCCUACCCUCGGGGGAUUGUACCAAUAGUGCAAAAACCGUAUCGGGUAACAAUACCCCACCAGGAGAAAAACUCUACGAAGUUAGUACCCAGAAUAUGGAAGCAAAUGAAAGGACAUUGCCAGCAAGCGAUUUGGACACCAAUGCAAAUUGGGCGACAAGUAGUUAUUAUUCCCAUAGUGUACCAACAAUCAAAUAUACAGAGAAGCUGGCUAAAAGCUCGCCAGGAAAAGUCGCCAUUAAACGAAAAUUAGACAAAGGGUCGAAGAGCUAUGAGAGGAUUAAUGGUUUUAAAGCAACUACAUAUCCGUCAAUGGCUAGUGGCUUUGCACAGAUAUAUUCUUCAAAUGUUGGUGUAAGUUUUGACCGGGAAGAAUCAGGAUUAAUACUUUCACAUAAUACUGAUCAAAAGGACACUGCGCAGAGUUAUAGUUCGGAUAAUAAGACGGGGUACUCUCAGGCAGAAUUUGAGAAGAGGCUAUCAUACGAUAAUCAGAACACAUUCCAAAUGUCAAACCAAAAUGAGGAACACGGCGGAAAUGAUGAAUUUUUUUGGCAGCCUCCAGAUAAAAUCAUUAAAUCCGAGAAACUCUCGCCAAACUCACACGAACAGUCAACGCUUUGUCGUGGGUUAUCGACGGCCAAUCACGAGUUCCCGACAGUUAACCACGAGCAACCAACGGGCAUUCGCGACAAGCUGACGGAUAUUCACGACCAACGGACGAACAUUCACGAGCAAGCGGUGUAUAAUCACGAAAACCUACCGUACAAGCACCAAGAACCCACAGGCAUUCACGAGCAAGCGACGUGCACUCACGACCCAACUCCGUACAGUGACUGGCAGAUGGAAUCUUCCAAAGACCACACAAUGAACGUUGUCAACGAGCACAUGAGCAAUGCCGAAGCUGCUGCGACAAGCAACGAAGAAUUGACGAACAAUCACGUCAACUCCAAUCCCGAUAUGACCUCUGUAGACUCAAUUGCCGAGCAACGAGCUGACGACGUCACUUACACGGAACCACAAUCAAUGGAAAACACUUCAACAGAAAUUCCAGAAAAUAAUAUGGAAGCUGUCGAAUGGAACAGCGAGGUUGCGCCUAGCAACAUGACAACUGUGCGGAAAACAAUGGUAGUGAAAAUACGGCGGGAUAAAACUGGAGCUGUGAAAACGAUACGGACACCGAUCAAAUUAAAAG